GCGAAACAAAACAUCUUCGGUACCUCUGGUAUAUAAAAAUCCAGUUAGAGUCAUAGUUCUCAUGAAACAACUAUUUAUAUAGUUUCUUUCAAACUUGUCCUCGAAGAAUUUAUCGUGUUUUGUAGAAAAAAACAUGAUUUGUAUAAAACUAUUAAAUAUAUCAUUUAAUUGAUCCGUUAAAACCUGUUCUACGAAAAAAAAUUUAUUAUGAAAUCUCAAUCUUAUUAUAAUUCUGAAAUUGUGUAAUCUCGUGGUCAAUUUCAGCUCAUUGCAGUGCCAUAGUUUGAUUAUUUAACUGAAUCAGCACCCAGUUGAUUCCCUCUUAAAUGUUGCAUUGAACUAAGAAAUACUAAAAUUAACGUUUUGUUCUCACUCACUUAACACAAUUCUCACUUAACGGAAAAAUCUGCAAAAGUUCCCACAAAGCCACAAUUAGUAGUUUCCAAAUCUGGACAAAACUCAAAAUUUCCUGCGUGAACUGCAUCAAUCUAGAUCUAACAUAACCUUUUUCGCAUAUUUUGGCGGUUACUAAAUUUCCAGAAGGAUAAAUAUGUGCUGAAGAACGCCACCUAUAUAAUGAUUUCCAAAUAUCGAACUGUUCCUAUUUGUUGGUACUGAGGAUAUUUUUCUGAUUUCUGAACUACAAUCUGUUCUUUUAGAUUGUAGCUAACAUAUUUCUUAUCAAUUUCGAAUGUGAUUCUCAAUUUUCGGUGAGUCGCUUCUAUAUUCUUUUUGGCAUUUUUUUUGCAACAUUGUCCACAAUUUUGAGUGUUGGAAAGAAAUAAAAAUACCAAUAAAUAAUUAUAUCUUCCAAUCGAUAUCAAUACAUCAAAUUUAACUGAAGGUGACUCUGGACAAGUUAACGGACGCGAAUAUUACAACGGAUGAAGCCAAAGACUCCAUUAAUUAUCUUAAUUGAAUCUUCAAAUUCUACGACUAUCUGUCGGUAUAAAAGGUGUUGGGUGAAACAUAUGAAAGCAGUUCUCCACAUCCUUCUUCUAAUAACGCAAAUAAUCAUGUUUAAACUAAGUCUUGUGUUGUGUGUUGUUUUUGCAAUAAGCGAAGUCAAGCUUGCUCCAAAUGAUUUCCAAAAACUUCAAGAAACCACUCACGAGGAAUGUUUGAAGGAAGCAGGAAUCGAACAAGUCGAAUUGACUAAAGUAUUCGAAUCGAAAGCAUCCGAAGAAGCGUUUGAAAAUUACUCUUAUUGUUUUGCUAAAAAAUUUGGUGUUAUCGGAGAAGACAAUAAAAUAAACAAAGAUAAAGCUAGGGAACAGUUUGAAAGAGUCAAACCUGGAUCAUCAGAAGUUUUUAUGAAAGCAUGCGUUCCCGAUGGAGAAGUUAGUAAAAAAAUGGCUCUGGUUAUGUCGAAAUGUAUAGUUCAGAAGAAAAGAGAACUUUUGAACCAAUAAUACCAUUUUUCUAAAUUUGAAUAAAUACUUUUAUGAACUAGAUAUU